AUGACUGCUGUUCAAAUUCUCUGCCUCCUCCUCUGUUUCUCCUUCACCCCUUCUCUGCAACACGUCAGUGAGUCUGAACCGCUCAUGCGGUUCAAAAGCUCGGUGAAUAUAACCAAAGGGGACCUCAAUUCAUGGAGAACAGGAACCGAUCCUUGCAAUGGAAAAUGGUUUGGGAUCUACUGCCAAAAAGGUCAAACAGUCUCCGGUAUUCACGUCACUAAGUUGGGUCUGUCUGGGAUCAUACAUAUAGAGGAUCUAAAAGAUCUCCCAAACCUAAGAACAAUCAGGCUUGACAAUAACUUUCUUUCAGGCCCACUCCCUCCUUUCUUCAAGCUUCAUGGCCUGAAAUCCCUCUUGCUAUCAAACAACAGCUUCUCUGAAGAGAUUGCUGAUGAUUUCUUCAAGGAUAUGCCACAGCUCAAGCGGGUGUUUUUAGAUAACAACCGUUUCACUGGGAAAAUUCCCGCAUCCGUGAUGCAACUCGCAGGCCUUGAGGAGCUUCACUUGCAAGGUAACCAAUUCUCAGGUGAGAUACCUUCGCUUACUGAUGGCAACAUGAUUUUGAAAUCUCUCGACCUCUCAAACAAUAAACUGGAGGGAGAGAUACCAAAGAACAUCGCAGAAAGAAAGAAUCUACAGAUGAACUUCCAAGGGAACAAAAAUCUUUGUGGACAGCCGCUGAAUAUUAAAUGUGAUGAUAAACCAUCAUCGUCAGGGAAAGACCCAAACGAGGUCACGGGGAAAGCCGUCUUUAUGGUCAUACUUUUUCUUUUGAUAUUCUUGAUCUUGGUGGCAAUUAUAACAAGAUGGAAGAAGAAGAGGCAGUCUGAGUUCCGGAUGCUCGGCAAGGACCAUCUAAAUGACCGUGAAACCGUGGAAGUCCAUUUGCCGGAGUCGAUAAAGAAGCCUGUUGACUCAAGAAAGAAGCAGAGUAACGCUGAAGGUUCGUCUAAAAAAGGUUCAACUCAUCAUGGGAAAGGUGGUCCUGGAGGAGGCGGCAUGGGAGACAUUAUAAUGGUGAACAGCGAGAAAGGCUCCUUCGGUUUACCUGAUCUCAUGAAGGCUUCAGCCGAGGUGCUAGGAAAUGGUAGUCUUGGAUCGGCCUAUAAGGCCGUAAUGGCUAACGGGUUAUCUGUGGUUGUAAAGAGGAUUAGGGAUAUGAACAAGCUCGCACGUGACACAUUUGAUGUCGAGCUACAACGGUUUGGGAAUCUACGACAUCCUAACGUACUUACCCCUUUAGCUUAUCAUUAUCGUCGCGAAGAAAAGCUUGUCGUCUCGGAGUACAUGCCUAAAAGCAGUCUACUCUACGUUUUGCACGGAGAUCGAGGGAUUUACCAUUCCGAGCUAACUUGGCCAACACGGUUGAAGAUCAUACAAGGGGUCGCACGUGGGAUGCUGUUCUUGCACGAAGAGUUUGCGUCCUACGACCUUCCACAUGGAAAUCUUAAAUCCAGUAACGUUCUAUUAAGUGAAACCUAUGAGCCACUGAUAAGUGACUACGCAUUCCUCCCAUUUCUUCAGCCUAAAAACGCCUCGCAGGCUUUAUUCGCUUUUAAAUCGCCGGAGUUCGCACAAAAGCAGCAGGUGUCACCGAAAUCAGACGUCUAUUGCUUUGGAAUUAUCGUUCUAGAAGUCAUGACGGGAAAAUUCCCUUCGCAGUACCUAAACAAUGGUAAAGGUGGGACGGAUAUCGUUGAAUGGGUGCAAUCUUCAGUUGCGCAGCACAAAGAAGAAGAACUUAUUGAUCCAGAGAUAGCAAGUAAUACUGAUUCGUUUCAACAAAUGGUGGAACUGCUGCGGAUAGGGGCUGCUUGUAUUGCAAAUAAUCCAGAUGACAGAGAAAACAUGAAGGAAACUGCUACAAGGAUAGAACGAAUAACGAUUUGA